GCCGUGGGGCCGCAGGCUCUCGCCAGCUCUGCUCCACUGCAGCGUCUGGGGCUGCGAGGCUGCAGCCCAUCUCUGACUGUCAUUUCCCCUCCCAAUUCCUCCAGCACUUCAGGCAGCCUAUGCCUAAAAUGCGCCAGAUUUAAACAUCCUGAGUCACCUUUUCACGGUAAAUCUCCAAUAUACAUAUAUGUAUGCUGCUGGAGUGACACGGACCCUCGCUCGGGAGAGUCUGGCUGUGACUGGCAGAAGGAAGAAGAGGUGUCUUGAGAAGCAAUGGCCACAGCGGCUCUUCUGAACUUGGCACCAUCUGACUGCUAUUUCCCUUCAAGCACAGCAGCUGCUUUCUUUUGGACAAAAACCCUCAACAUGCAUGUGACCAGGCCAAAAUCUGCCAAGGGACGCACACGGUCAAGCUUCAAUUACUCUCACCGAGUGGAAGCCUAUCCUUGCAGAGUGCCAUCUUCCUCUCCGCCAGCAGCUGCCCAUGAAUCAGCAAACAGCCAGAGAACAUCAUCAACAAACCUGGUAUUCCCGUCUGGCCAGGUGUCUCCUGAAGAAAUCCCGGAGCUCCUGCAGCAAGUGCCUUUGAGGACCUCCUCUUCCCUGAAAAAGUACAGGGUGCUCCCUUCCAUCAGCAGGAAAGGCUUAGGGAACAGCGCUGUGGAAAUGGUAACAGAGCAGACCAGCAGACUGAAAAUGAGUAGGAGUCAGGAGGAAGUUCAAAAACUCAAACCUCUUUCUACAGAGCGAGGAUCUGCCACCAUAUUGUCAGAAACUGAAAGGCCUACUGAAGAAGGCUCACGUGCUCAGUGUCCUCCUUCUGAGAGACCAGGAAGGAAAAUGAGACAAGAGAGCGCUUCGUUGUCCACUUUAAGUUUGGAAGAGCCACCAAAAGAAGAGCCAAGUUUGCUGCUUGCUAUUAGAUCUCCAUCUGGUCAAAGAUUUGAGCAUCAUUUCAAGCCCACAGACAGUCUUCAGACAGUCCUUGCUGUGGCAGAACAGAAAACCACCACCAAAUACGAACACUGUAGUGUUGAAACCAUGGAGGUACCUAGAAGGAGUUUUUCUGACCUUACGCGGUCCCUCCGCGAGUGUGGAAUCCUCCACAAGUCGGUACUGUGCAUCCUACAGAAAGAGCGGCGAGAGGCAGAUCUCUCGGGGUACGAGGACUGCAGCACAAACUCCACCACACCUCUGUAGGUAAUUCUGCUGAAUGGGAUGCAUUACUACUUGUCAAGCGGCCCCAAAACUGAAACAAUCUGAUGUUUCAUGGGCCUCCUUCUUAAUCUUAUCGUCUUCCAAAAGCUUCCUUUGAAGUAGACUUGUGUAUAUAAAAGGAGUGUGUUGAAAUAUUGCUUAAUAUUGCUUAUACCUACUGCAUUAACCAGAUCCUUUUUUUAACAUGUACAAUCGUAAAUUACUUCUUGAGCACCACCAGCUUUGGCCUUUUUGCAAUGGUCCAUUUUCUUCUUUGAAGACUGAUGUUUCUGAUGCAUCCUUUCCUUGGAGUAGAAGACCUCUUCUGUUGUCUUUUUUUAUAUUUCAGCACUGUACCACUUCCCAGAAGGGAUUCUGAUUCAGAAUAACAUAUUUGGGAAAACAGAAAUAGAACUGUUUUACUUUGUAUGACUGUCUACAGUAGAUCAGCAUCCUAAAGCAUCUUCUUAACCUCAAAAGUGACUAACUACAAUCAAAUCUGAAAAACAUCUGAAAAUAAGAGCAAUAACACGUUACAGAUAGUAGAUUAUUGUGAAGUAUUAAAUACAAGGUCAAUGGCAAUAUACCUUUGAGAGCUCGGCUGUUCCUGGAUAACCUCAGUGCCUCGUUAAGGAGUGUGACUACAUUGUCCUUGCUAGAACAAAUGAUUAAUUUUUGGCUGUAUUGGAGAGUAGCAGGAUUUCCUUCCCCUUGUUUUUCUUCUUCUCUCAGUCAACUGGUACGAUUCAUAGUUAAGAAAGGAUUGCCUCCUUGGGCUGCUGUUACAAAAUACUGCCAUUUAACACUUCUACAACUGAAUUGAGUUAGCUCAAGAAAGUAAGUAAGUGAUGCUUUGAGAGUUUUGUUCGUUUUUUUUAAAUAUUAAUUGGAUUUGGCUGGGGAAUUGGCUCACCCAGUAGAUCAUAUUUUACUAGACUAUUAUGGCUGGCUCUUUCAGAAUUAUUUCAUUUAAAAAAUUUACUAGAGUAAUUUGGCAGGUUUUGGUAUAAAUACAGUGUGCUUGUAUUUAAAAAAAAAAAAAACAAAAACCUUCUAAGUUUCUGGUGGAACGCCUUACAGUUCAAAGGCAAUGAUUAACUCAAAUAAAAAUGGCUUAGGCUAUGGAAGAGGACAGCUUGCCAAACCACCAGGCUAAUUUUAAUAUUGUGAGGUAAAAACCAAAUUUUUUACCUCGGUGUAAUUGCCUACUUACUUACUUACUUAGAAAAAUAAUAGUAGGAGAAAACUCAUUCUGGUGUUGACCAAGAGCAGAGAAUCUUAUUCUCAAGCAAGUAUUCGGGGUCCACCGGUUUAUAAAAAUAGUAUCUGCUGAAAUAAUAGGCAGGUGGUAGUAAUUCAACAGUAGCAAUCCCAGUGCCUUCAGGGAGACCAGGCUAGCAAAGCAUAUGGGUGCGCAUUAUCAAACCUCUUUGGGGAACAAUGUAUUUCACUUAAACAUUCAGGAAGAAGAAAGAACUGUGUGAACCACUUUCUGUAUUUAAUUCAGUGUUUGAUGAUUAACAAGACACCUGGAUAAAACAGCAGAGUGAGCUGUGGCACUGCUGGCCAGAACACUCUAAGUUUGAGCCUGCUCACGGUAAGGAAUAUGUCAUACCCCAUUUUUGAUAAUGCUGCACUAUUAUCUAGUGAUCCCUGCCCUUCAGGGUGGUGGUUUUCUCUUUAAAAUGGGAUUACAACACGUGAUCAGACAGUAUCAUUUUUACUUCCCUUCUUCUACUGGGAAUCUAGCUCUUUUUCCCCUGCUUUUGAGCCUCUAACUGUGUCACACAUCACAUCUUUGCUGGGAAUAAGGAGCAGGACAGUAUCAAGAGCAGCCUUGCUGU